AUGUGGCUGCUGGAUAAGGGGCUACAGCCGACUGUGAAGCCCCAGAUUCAGGAAGAACAAUACAGUGAUGUGAGGCUGGUGAACGGAAACAGUCCCUGUGAGGGAAGAGUGGAGGUUCGUCAUCAAGGACAGUGGGGAACUGUGUGUAGUUGGGGCUGGGAUAUAACGGAUGCCUCAGUGGUGUGUAGACAGAUGUUCUGCGGAGACGCUGUAGCAGCACCGCCAUUAGGACACUUUGGAGCAGGAAAAGGGAAGAUCUGGUUGGCUGCUGUGCGAUGUAGGGGGUCAGAAUCUACACUGAAGGACUGCGGACGCGGAGGUUCAGGUACUGAUUAUGACUGCGGACAUUCUGAAGACGCUGGAGUCAUCUGCUCAGGUUUAGCUGUACGCCUGGCAGGGGGACCUCACCCGUGUUCUGGGAGACUAGAAUUCCAUCACAAAGGCUCAUUGUACACAGUGUGUGACCCCGACUUUGACCUCCAGGACGCAAAGGUUGUGUGUCGACAGCUGGGCUGUGGGACACCUGUACAGGUGCAGGGAGCAGCAGUUUUUGGUAAAGGGGACGACCUGGUGUGGAAGAACAAGGUUGAGUGCGGAGGCGAUGAACAGAAUUUUGGUCAGUGUGUGAGAUCAUCCACAAAGGAGACAAAGUGCACUCAUGACACUGAUGUGGGACUGGAGUGUUUUUGGUACACAAACUCCAGCCUGGUGGACGGCCCAGACUCCUGCUCCGGGAGGGUGGAGUUACAGUACCUCACUGAGUGGGGCACAGUGUGUAAUGCAUCCUGGGAUCUGAGAGCAGCCAAUGUCCUCUGUCAGCAGCUGGGCUGUGGGAGCGCUGUGGCAGUGCCAGGACAGGCCUGGUUUGGAAAGGGCAGUGGCCCCAUCUGGGCUGAUGUGUUUGAGUGUCAGGGGGAGGAGACACACCUGUCCCGGUGUGUCGUUUCUUCAUGGAACCGAGCUGUGUGCUCUCAUGGACACGAUGCAGGAGUCAUCUGUAAUGGAUCAUCUCCCUCAACCCUCAAUGGGACUGUCCGACUGUCUGGAGGAAGUGGCUGUGAGGGUCAGUUGGAGGUUCACUACCAGCACACCUGGAGCAGAGUUCUCCUGGACUCCUGGAGCAUCAGGGAGGCCUCUGUGGUCUGCAGACAGCUGAGCUGUGGCUCUGCAGUGAGGAUUUACAGCUCCUCCCAGUCUGGGACAGGGGACACUGAUGUGUGUCUCACAGGGUAUCAGUGCUCUGGGACUGAGUCUCACCUGGUCAACUGCAGUGCUCCACACACACUCAGCUGUAGUUCUAGCCGAUAUGUGUUCAUAGCAUGUUCCAGUGAGUACAACAGGUCCCUGAGGCUGGUGGGUGAUGAGGGCGGCUGUGCAGGGAGGCUAGAGGUGUUCCACCAGGGCUCCUGGGGGACAGUGUGUGGUGACUCCUGGGAUCCGAAUGAUGCUCAGGUGGUGUGCAGGCAGCUCCAAUGUGGGAUGGCUCUCCGCUCUACCUCUUUUGGUCCAGGAAAUGGAUCUAUAUGGCUGGAUGAGGUUGGCUGUGUGGGGAACGAAUCAUCUCUGUGGGACUGUCCUUCUGCCCAGUGGGGAAACCAUGACUGCAUUCACAAGGAGGAUGUGGGAGUUGUGUGUUCAGAAUACAAAGAUCUGAGACUGGCUGAAGGUUGUUCUGGCCAGUUGCAGGUUUAUUACAGUGACACCUGGGGAAACGUGUGUUUCAAUCAGAUGGACACAAACACUGCGAGUUUAAUAUGUCAGCAGCUCAACUGUGGGAAGAGUGGAAAUGUUUCUAGUACAGGAUCUCGAGUGAAAGGAGCUCCAAACUGGCUGGAUAUUGUCAAAUGUCGCCCACAUGACUCCACACUGUGGCAGUGUCCAUCCUCUCCCUGGGGACAGAAUAAAUGUGAUGAUGGUGAAGUGGCCCUCAUUACCUGUGACUAUGGGCUGCAACAGAAGACCACUUUGGGUUCCACUCCUGUCAGCCAAGAAAAGAAAGUUGAGGCUGCUGUGGGCACAGGCUCACCAAAACUGGAUAGUUGA